AUGUCAAUUAAAGGACAAAGCAUUAUACAGCCCGGUCCGAACAAAGCGAUUCCUGGAAAACCACUCGUAUUUCUAAAAUCAAACACAACGUCAAAACCAGAUUUGGAGAUCAACCAGACACCUUUUAUCCUUGGAAGGUCCAACACUGUUUGUGGAUAUAAAGAAGACGUGAUCAGUAAUCGCCACUGUGUAAUUAUUGAGUGCACACCACUAGACUCAGACCUCACAAACAUCAAAAAAUUCUGCACCAUCGACAAGUCAACAAAUGGAACCUACAUCAACAACGAAAGAACACAAAGGGGACAAGCCCAAGAGAUAAGAUGCUACGACGAGUUGUCUGUACUAAGACCACAUGUGGACAAAGACUCUGUGAGUUAUUGUUUUAUUGACUUGCAAGUUUUUGAAGUGGAAAACACAGCGUGCAAUGUUUUUAAAAAAUAUGAAAUUGGGAAGUUUUUAGGAAGUGGUGGGGCUGGAGUUGUGAGAGAAGUGACCAACGGAGGGGAGAAAUUUGCAAUGAAGAUACUUUUGGUUUUAGACUUGAGUGAGAAAAAAAGUAAAAAUGUUGAACGAGAGUGCGAUUUGCUCAAGAAACUUGACCACAAAAACAUUGUAAAGUUUAUUGAAUGUCUCAAUGGAAGCUAUUUCAAGUACAUUGUCAUGGAGUAUGUUGAAGGACAUGAUCUGUUUCAUCUAAUAUUUACGAACAAGCUGAUGAAUGAAAAAUACAUACGUAACAUCGCGAAACAGCUUUUCGAAGCGCUGAAAUACCUCCACUCGCUCGGUGUCAUACACAGAGACAUUAAACCCGAAAACGUUAUGAUAACAAAAGACCAGAUUGUCAAACUGACGGACUUCGGUUUUGGAAAGAAGGUCGACGACACACACUACGCCGAGACCCUUUGUGGAACGGAUAUGUACGCACCACCAGAAAUACUCCGAGGCGUUGUUUAUGAUGGGUUCAAAACAGACGUCUGGAGUGCGGGUGUUUUGAUGUUUGUAAUGUCGACCAAGGAAUACCCCUUUGUUUUUAAUGAUGAAGACGAUGCAGAGGUAAAGGCUGUUGGACACAUUUUAAAAAACGAGAUUUGCCCAAAUAAAGACUUUAAUGAACGUUCUGAAAUGUUAAAAGACUUGAUUGGGAACAUGCUUGUCCUUGACCCACAGAAAAGACUUGGUUUUGCGACUUGCCUUGAGCACGAGUUUUUUGAAGACGAUAAGACGAAUGUGGAUUUUCCAAUCAAUUGCCAACAAAAAAGAAUGGGCGAAUUGUUUGGAUAUUCACAAAGUAAAAGUGCGUUUUGUAUUUUUUACACCAUUUGA